CUAAGCAUGAACAUGAGUUCUAAGUUGUUUUUUUACAGGUCAAGAUGGUGCAGCGCCUGACAUAUCGCCGUAGACUUUCCUACAACACUGCGUCAAAUAAGACCAGACUGUCCCGUACUCCGGGUAACCGCAUUGUGUACCUGUACACGAAGAAGACUGGCAAGUCACCCAAAUCAGCUUGCGGAAUUUGCCCCGGCAGACUGCGUGGAAUUCGUGCUGUGAGACCCCAGGUUCUUAUGAGGCUUUCAAAAACCAAGAAGCAUGUCAGCCGAGCCUAUGGUGGUUCCAUGUGUGCCAAAUGUGUACGAGACAGGAUCAAGCGGGCUUUCCUCAUUGAAGAGCAGAAGAUCGUUGUCAAAGUCUUGAAGGCACAAGCACAGACCCAGAAGUCAAAGUAGUAGUACAGAAGUCAUUUUGUAUUAAAUAAAAGAUUUGGAAACCUUU